GCUCCCAGACACGAAGACAUCAAUGAGUUUCCGUCCGCUGUCCAUCGUUCCUCCGGACUUGCUUCCAUUGAAUGUGACGGAGGCGGUCGAUAUCGCCGAGGCUACAGCGGGCGGUGGGAUUCUGCCGGUGUUAUCUCCCUACUUAAUCCGUCUAAAUUCUGAUCAGUGUGCCAUUCAUCUUAUCUCGAGUUGUCCGCCAUGACUACCAUGACAGAGCCUGGUUUCUUCAAACCAGCAAGCCAUUUCCUGGAACGGGAAAUCACCCGACUCGGUGAAGAGCCGGGCCUGACAUCUCUUCCUCCAGGACCUGAACGGGAUUUCCUGACCUUAACAUGGGGUCCGGUUGUCUUCCGUGCCACAUAUGCUCCUGAUUCAGAACGUCUCUUCCCGAUCUACUUGCGAGCUCUGAAUGAGGAGAUCCAAAGGGCCGUCCCAAAGCAUCUGCAAGGCAGCCCCGAACAGAUGCUCUUGCUUCAACGCACGUAUUCGUCCAAAGUGUUCAGCGAUAAGAAUAUGUACGACAAUGCAGAUGUUGAGACCGUUCGACAAGCCUUCCACGACUGGAAAGUCUCCUUAGGGCUGCCCGCGAUGGAUUUGCCGAUCCGCCUCAAGUUUUGUCUGAUGGUUGAUGAUGGCUGUCUCGCAACAUUGGCAGCUGUGACGGAUCAGGCCUCCUCGGUUGAGACCCAAGCGGAAUUUGGGGCUGUCAGGAUUAUUAUCGUCGAAGAAGAAUACCCGCAGAAAGAAAAGCAGGGGGCAUCGCCACCCCCGGAAUAUCCUGGAUGGGUGGCUGUCUCCCUUGCGGCACUGGUCGAGGUCUAUAGUGAUCUGGACAGGGAUAAGAGCCUCUCAGACUUUUAUAGGAAGAACCAGCUGUAUAAGGGCAACGGAGAAUGGGUGCCGGUCCGGAAACCAUCACUAUAAGAUCGAGAACCGUACCUGCAGACGGGUGAGGUUUUGCACGAUGUUAUGAUGACGAAAUGAGAUGCAACAGCUUUUCCGCACAUGAGUGUCACCGGUUACCGCAAAAUGGGGUUUGGGGAGAGAUCCCAUCUGCUAUCCAUCAAGAGGUUGACUGGAUGAUUAGUGA